GAGUUUCAGACGUCAGUUACAGCCUGGCCAUCACGGCGGAAGGUAGCAAGCCGCCAGCGCUCCUCACUUUGUGUCUGCAGUCGUACCCUCUGCUACCCUUCCCGCCCUCCCUCGUCUGUGCCGCCAGACUUCCCUGACACCACAGAAGACCCGCACAUGUGGCCCUAAGCUGACCUGAGCUGACCUACCCUUGACCUCACCCCUUCCUUAACAAACCCCACAAAACCUUUAAAAAAAAAACACCCAUAAAACACCCAAUUUUCCCCCAAACACCCACAAAAAGACGCCCAAACACGCCCAAAAUGAAGCAGGCGUGGUACUACUUGGCGGGCACGUGGGCGGUGGCGUGGGCGUGCCUGGUGGUGGUUUCGCAAAGAUCGUGGGCGGUGUCAUGGUUGGCGCUGGGUCUGGUUGCCGCCCACAUCGCUGAUUGGCUUAUGAAGGGCGCCCAGAAUGCAAUGAAGAGAACCACAAUGAGUAGCCAAGGAAAAGCUGUGUUUAUUACUGGCUGCGACACUGGGUUCGGCAGAGAGUUGGCUGUGAGACUUGACCAGAUGGGAUUCAAAGUAUUCGCUGGUUGCCUGAUGCCUGAAGGAGAGGGCGCGAGGUCACUACUGAAGGAGGCGUCAUCGAGGUUAAAGGUCGUAAGUGUGGACGUGACCCAGGACGACAGUGUGCGGAGUGCCUACAAGAAUGUGAUGGACGACUUGGCAGAGGAUGAGUGUCUCUGGGCGGUGGUGAACAAUGCAGGGAUCGCAGCAUACACAGAGAUAGAAUGGUGCCCUGUUGCAGAAUAUAGGCGUGUUUAUGAGGUGAACUCUCUCGGCCCCAUUAGAGUGACCAAAACCUUCCUGCCGCUGCUAAGGCGUUCCCAAGGGCGGAUUGUCUUGGUGGCUUCCCUCGCUGGACGCUACACUUAUCCUGGUUUCACCGCCUACAGCAUGAGCAAGCACGCCACAGUGUCCUUCGCUGACGGGCUGCGGCUGGAGAUGCAGAAGUGGGGCAUCACCGUGCACACCGUGGAGCCAUCACUCUAUAGGACCCCCAUCAGCCAGGAAGCACCCAUGCACAGGGCUUUGGAUCGCUUCUGGCAGGAGUGUUCUGAGGACGUGAAGAUGUGUUACGGCGACGAUUACAUGCGUGACUUCAAAACGACAAUUAGCAAACACCUGAAACGCGCCAAGCCGACUGAGAAAGUGAAGGAGGUGAUUGAUGACAUGGUGGACGCUGUGGCUGGCCAGGACCCCAAGAUCCGCUACGUGCCCAGCGUGGUGACACAGAUCAGGGCCAAGCUCCUCUCCUCGCUGCCAGACGCCAUGAGGGACCAGUUCUUCCUCAGCAGCCAGCCGCAGACGCCGCCCGCCCUCGUCACUGCCAAGCGGAAGAAGCCUGUCCUGGAAGACCCCCGCGAGAAGGUGACCAUGAGGAGCCCCGGGAGUGCCAGACUGAUUCGCGGGUUCUCCAUGCCUAACUGGAGCAAGACUGAGAUGACACCGAGCCCAAAGACUGAGGAGAUAAAGUUCAAAUUUUAGAAGAGGAAGAGGAGGAAGAAAACUGAGAUGAAGUUUGAGUUCUUAGAGGAGAGAAGGAGAAAUGAAAGAAAAGAAGAGGGAAGGAGACAAGAGAAGAGGUUAUACAGAAGAAACUGAUUGGAAGAAAACGGAAUUGACAACGAUAGAAAAAGGGAAAGAGGAGGGACUUGAGAAGGAGGGAGGAAGAGAAAGAGGACCGGAAAAGGAAGAACAAGAAGUGGAUUUUGUUAGUUUUAUGAUUUCAAGGAGAUAAAGUCGAAGUUUUAGAAUAGAAGGGAGUUGAAAAGUGGGGAAAGAGGAUGAAGUGAAGAGGAAGAAUUUAAUUGUUUUAUCCUUCGAGAGUUUAAAAAAAGGAGGAAGUGAAUGAAGGAGGAGGAAGAUGCAGGAAAGGAAGAAAAGCCAGUAAGUUAUUUUGUCCUUCAGUAAUUUGAGGAAGAAGAGAAAGAGGAAGAGCGAUUGAAAGAGAGAGCGAUUGAAAGAGAGAGCGAUUGAAAGAGAAAGAGAAAGAGAGAGUGAUUGAAAGAGAAAGAGGAAGAGCGAUUGAAAGGAAAACAAGGAAAUUAUUUUGUUUUUUUAAGAGUUUAAGGAAGAAAGAACAAACAAGAUUAAGGACUCAAAAGAAGAAAAAGAAUUAUAAUAAAGAUAAUAAUAAUAAGAAGAAGAAA